UGCCUGGACUGGACUGAGGGAGAGAGAGUGCCCACUGCCUGGGACUGACUCCAAGAAAGUGCCCCAGUGCCCAGCCAUGGCCAGCAGCUGCCCUCUGUGUGUGUGAAGCGCUUCCCUGGCAGAGCUUAUUCUCCAUACAGCUUGAUGGGUCUGAACAGCACAAGCCCAGCUCCGCAGUCCAAUGUCUCCUGUACCUGUAACUGCAAGAGGUCUCUGUUCCGCAGCAUGGAGAUCACGGAGCUGGAGUUCGUCCAGAUAAUGAUCAUCGUGGUGGUGAUGAUGGUGAUGGUCGUGGUUAUCACAUGUCUCCUAAACCAUUACAAGCUGUCGGCGCGAUCGUUCAUCCACAGACACAGCCAGGGAAGGAGGCGCGAGGAGAACUUGUCAUCGGAGGGGAGUUUGUGGCCGUCAGAGAGCACGGUGUCGGGGAGCGGCGUCACAGAGCAGCACAUUUAUACGCCUAGACCCUCAGAGCGGCUCAGUGUCCCGUCUUUCCUACAACGAGAUCGUUUCAACCGUUUCCAGCCCACCUACCCCUACAUUCAGCACGAGAUCGACCUUCCACCCACCAUCUCCUUAUCGGACGGUGAGGAGCCCCCGCCGUACCAAGGACCCUGCACCCUUCAGCUCCGGGACCCCGAGCAGCAGAUGGAGUUAAACCGGGAGUCUGUUCGGGCCCCGCCAAACCGAACCAUCUUUGACAGUGACUUAAUAGACAGCUCGGUGUACGGUGGUCCGUGCCCACCAAGUAUCCAUUCUGGCGUGAGUGCCACCUCCUACAGCAGCAGCGGGAGGAUGGAGGGCCCGCCGCCGACCUACAGCGAGGUCAUCGCUCAUUAUCCGGGGUCCUCGUUUUAUCAGCACCAGCAGCAGAACAUCGGCGCGCCGCCUGUCACAGACGGCAUCAGACAUCACCCGCAGAGCAACGGCCUCGACAGCACAAUCGCACGAAGCAAAGAGAAGGACAAAUCCAGCACGCUCGUGUUUUAGGAUCGACUGAAAUCAAUGAACUCUCUGCACUUCAAGCCGGCCCGACUUCGCCCGAGAGGCGUGCGGAGGGACUGGAGAAAGAAAUCUGGGAGAGGAGGCAGGAGCCGGGUCGGGGCGCUCUCCACUUCUUCCUGUAUAAAUAUUUCCGUGUUACGUCUGAAUGCACAAGCAGAACGCGCUCCGGAUCCGCUUUAUCUGUCCGGCCGCGUCUUGGGAUCUCACGACUCGCUUUUAUUUUAUUAUUAUUUUUAUUAUUAUUAUAAUUAUUAUUAUUAUUUUUUCUUUCUAUUACCGAGC